UACAUUUUAUUCCUCAAAACAGGGACUAGACAUUUCCUCCAAUCUUCCUUCUAGAAGGCAAUGGCCACACAGACGAGAUGGAUGUGGGUGAGGACAAGCAACAAAAUGGGAAAACGCCACGUGGCCACAACCCAAUGAAGAUGGGAGAUCGUAAGUGAGUGACAACAUUCGAAUGAUUGAGAAUUCGCAAGAAAUAGAUAACACCCUUUUCACCGAUUUUCAUGUUUCUAGUUUAGUGAUCUACAAACAUGAAGCAGAAGCAGUCAGAUACACACAUACACACACACACACACACACACACACACACAUACACACAGAGAGAAAAGAUGGCUAUGGGGGUGAAGAAUGCACCAUUGACGCUUGUGGCGCACGUGCUGGGCUUGGCGGCCGCGGUUAUGGUGUUGGUUUGGUGCAUACACUUCAGGGGUGGCUUAGCCUGGGAAGCUUCAAAUAAAAGCCUCAUCUUCAAUCUUCAUCCUGUUGUGGUUUUGAUUGGCUUAAUUAUUAUUGGAGGUGAAGCUAUAAUGAGCUACAAAUCUCUUCCUUUGAAGAAGGAAGUGAAGAAACAAAUUCAUUUAGUUCUGCAUGCAAUCGCGCUAACACUUGGUAUUGUGGGCAUCUAUGCCGCGUUCAAGUUUCACAAUGACAGCGGUAUUGCCAAUCUAUACAGUUUACAUUCCUGGCUUGGGAUUGGGAUCAUCACUAUUUAUGCCAUUCAGUGGAUAUAUGGAUUCGUGACGUUCUUCUACCCCGGGGGAUCAGCUGCAAUAAGACGCGAAUCGCUUCCUUGGCAUGUGCUAAUCGGGCUGUUUGUGUAUGUGUUGGCCGUUGGCAAUGCUGCAUUGGGGUUUCUGGAGAAGCUUACGUUCCUUGAGAACUUUGGCCUCGCUAAAUAUAGCUCUGAAGCCUUCCUUGUCAACUUCACUGCAAUAGUUACAAUACUAUAUGGAGCCUCUGUGCUAUUGGCGGUUCGACCUCAGGCUCGGGUUGAAGAUGGCCAUAGCUAUUCACCUUUAUUAGAAUGAUCAAGCUCUUGUAUAUUCAGGGUGUGUGUUGAUGGUAUCAAUCGAUGAUGUGUGACACAAUGUCUAUGAAGAGGAUUAAUAAUAUUUGAUGUU